AUACGAGGAGAGAAGAGAGUGAAUUGUUGAUGUGUCUGUGUUUAAUUAAACGCGAAGAGCGAAAGCAAAUGAACACAAAUUUGUUGAGAAAAGAUAACGAAGUGAACUAAGCAAACGUCAUUUAACACCAAGCAAGCAUUUUGGACACACAAAUGCACUUUGAAUGAAACCAGUUUAUCAGACUCGUGCGCAUUCAGAUAAACUCCACCUUUCAAGAGCCUUUUGCCAACCCAAAAGUGAAAAAAAAACUGAUCACAAGCAACUCAACUUUGAAGCAGACAAGUUAGUCAAAGUGAAAGUCAGCCGUGUUUUCAGAUCGUCUUUUAGUUCAGUGUAUUUUCAAGAAAAUUUCAAGUGAUUUUUGUUUUUUUUUCUCGUCUUCUUCUUCUCCUUCUCAUCUUAAUCAUCUUCUCCUUCGUUGUUGUUGUUGUGUAAAAUGGACAUUUUCCAGUGAAUUUUGUUGUAAAAAUAUUCUAGUGUCAAUUUAAGCAUGAGUUCUCAUCACCACAGUUAUUCAGCAAUCCGUUCAUCUUACCCAGGAACUCAAUCAGCCCAUGAAGCCUUUGCUCAAGCACAGGCUCCAAUUGGAGAUUAUCCUUUUCCACCAAUGAACAAUUCUUAUACACAUCACACUGGACACUCUUAUAUGAACUCGUAUCCAUCCAACAUCACCUCAUUUCCAGCCUGUCCAACACCUCCAAGAGACGAGAAACCAACAUUGGAGGAAAUAUCUCGUGUAAAUGGUAAAAAUAAAAAAAACCGGAAACCUCGUACAAUUUAUUCAAGUAUUCAACUUCAACAGCUUAACAGACGAUUUCAAAGGACACAGUAUUUAGCUUUACCCGAAAGAGCUGAGUUAGCAGCAUCACUAGGAUUGACUCAAACACAGGUUAAAAUAUGGCUACAAAAUAAACGUUCAAAAAACAAGAAAAUGCAAAAAGCUCAGGAAGCUGUGAAUGGAGGUGGACAAGUGAAUGGUUCACAAGGUGUUGCCUGUGGUACUGGUGGUGGUCGACGAGGUCGAGGAGGUAAUCAAGGUCAAGGGCAGAAUCAAUCGCAGCAACAGCAACAAGCACAACAACAGGCCCAACAUCAGCAGCAGCAACAGCAGCAGCAACAACACCAACAACAACAACACCAACAGCACCAACAACAACAGCAACAAGCUCAAGUCCAACAAACUCUUUCAAAUCAACAGCAAUCACUUGAUACUCAACCAGGAGUUGGUCUAUCCUCGGGUUCACCUUUCAUCAAAGGUGAAGGUUACAUUCCUCAACAUUCCCCUGAGGUACCAAGUGAAAGCCAUACACCAUUACAUUCAUCACUUGGUCCAAAUCCGGGUUCCAAUGGUGUCAACUCAAAUGGCCCUGGUGCACCUGUUAAUAGUAUCGGUAAUGCAAACCUAGGAAACUCCCUUGUAUCCUCGAUAGUCUCCUCUUCAUCUUCUUCUUCCUCUUCCUCAACAGCCUCUGGUCCUGUUCUUACUCGUUCCCCGGUUCUUCCGGUUUACUCUGAAUCACCACUUAACUCAUCACAAACGAUUGCUCGAAGUUCACCUGGAACCAUUCAUUCACCUUCCCACACUCCCAACCAAUGGUCCUCAAUGGGUCAGAUAACACCAAAACAAGAGAUCGGUCUUGGCCUGGGUUCCUCAUCGUCCUCCUCAUCGUCAACCUCUUCCUCUUCUGUGGGUGGAGGCAGUGCACUAGGUAACACUGGACAUCCUCCUUAUCCACCUCCACAUCCAUCAAUGUACAGCAAUAGUUACGUCAGCCCUUACAGUUGGUACCAUCAUGACCCUCAAUCCAUCAACCCUCAACUUUAUUAACUUCACCAACAUAAAUCGCCGAUAAAAAAGAAAAGCGCAACAAACGCAAGACAAAAAAAACGAUUCAUUCAUUUCCACAAAUUCAAUUAACACAAAAAUCAUCUUUCAUUUAACUGAUCAAUCAACAGCAUAACUUUAUUAUACAAAAAAAGACGAUACAAAAAAAACACAAAAAAUUAAAUAAUUGUAGGUUUUAAUGUUGUCAAGUUAAAUGCAUUAAAGUUUAAUUAAUCAUUAAAUGAUAAA